UCAUUCUUUUACUGAAACAUCAACUUAAGGCUGAAGCAGAGCCAUUGCGGCUUGAGAGUUGCGACUUGCGUUUGCUCUGCGGAUGAAAAAGAAUGGAAUUCUGCCCGACCUGCGGGAACUUGUUGCAGUAUGAACCAGCCCAUGGGGAUCGGAGAGCAAGGCUCUUCUGCCCGACCUGUCCCUACAUCUGUGCUAUAGGGGACCAGAUAAAGAUUAAGAAAAGGCAACAUCUUUCGAAGAAAGAGAUUGAGCCAAUCUUCAGCGGUGAAGACGCCAUGAAAUUUGCCCCCAAAACCGACGCCUAUUGGUUUAAUAUUAUCUUAUUCCAAGUCGUCCCAUCUGACAUGAUCCUUUCCACCACAAUCUACCUGCCCAAAUUGCCACUGUGGAAAGGCCUACUUCAGGGAGCUACAGAUACGGUCAGCGGAUGAGCCUAUGACAAGAUUUUACAUGUGUUGCAAUGAGAACUGCAAAAGAGAGUGGCGUGAAGACUGAAGACUAAACAACUAUGUGGUUCAUCACACUUGUUAAACUCUAUAUACCAGAUGUCACAUUGAUAAAUUUCUCCACUUCCGAGCCAAAGUGUUUAGGGUCUGACACUGGCCAUGCAGGCAAUUAACGUGUUGCUACAUGCAGGGCUCUCCACUUUUGUCCUUUUUUUUGGGUUUUUAACUUUUUAUUUUUAUAUUUUCCCAAAAGAUGUUGGUUUUCUAAUUCAAGAAUUAGAAAUAUCUCUUGUUAAAUGGAACAUGAUACAACCACUCUAAACGACCAAUAAGUAUCUGAAUACAAUUUUGUAUUAAAUUUAUAUGCUUUAUGCGUUAUUGUAGAAAUGUGUACAAAGAAAUACCUUUCCAAUUCA